AUGGCGGACCUCGCGACCCUCCUCCUGCGCACCACCGCCCGCGCCUUCUACCCAAACGAGCAUGUCCUAGUCAUCGAUGCGCUCAUCCUUCACUCGACCCUCUCAGAUGCCGACUUGGCCUACGCCCUCGGCAUGAACAACAACACCAAAGGCCUCCGCAAACUCUGCGGCCGCCUAAAGGAAGAUGGCCUGGUCUCAGUCCAGUCCCGCGCCGAACGACGGACCGAUGGCACUCAAUCCUUCUUCCCAGGCAGUCAACCAGGGCAAGGCAAAGAACGAGUGACCUACCGCGAUUGGUACUACCUCAAUUUUCACCAUGCAAUCGACAGCAUCAAGUAUCGCAUGUAUCGCCUGAACAAGCAUGUGGAGAGCCUCGGCGCUCCAACCACGGAGAAGAAAGAUAAGAUCUGCCCGCGCUGCAAAUCGCAAUAUACAGAUCUGGAAGCUAUGGACAACAUCGACUUUGCAACCGGAACCUUCUUGUGCGGAAAAUGCGGCCACGAACUCGAGCCUGUGGAGGAAGAGACCCGCACGAACGAGAACGAAAGUAUGAAGCGCCUCAACUCCCAGCUUGAGAAAUUGCUCCGUCUUAUGCAACAAAUCGACGCCACCACCGUGCCCGAAAACGACUUUCAGACCGCGCUGAGCAAACAGAAACCCGUCAUCCGCUCUGAUGCAAAUCCAGGCCAACAGCGUACCGAAAUCGUCGACAUGCCCAAUCGCAAUCUCCAGAGUACACGAGGUCUGGACAUCAAACCGGAGCGCAUUGCAGUGCAAGUCCAGGACGACGCGGAAGUUAAGAAGGAAUCCGAGGUCGCCGAGGCAGCUGCGAGGCGGGAGAAGGAGGCGCGGCAGAACAUGCUGCCAGACUGGAUCGCGAAGUCCACCGUUUCUGGAGACAUCACUGCAGUAGGCGCUAAGGAGGCGUUGCUGAGGCGAGAGCGGGAUGCAAACGCUGGCGUGGGCCUGGGCAGGGAAGAGUCGGAGGAGAAGAAAGCGGUCAAGGAUGACGGAGAAGAUGCUUUGGCAGAGUAUUUCAAGCAGAUGGAGGCGAUAAAGGCUGAGGAGGCUGUUAAGCGCGCCGAAGAGGAUGAGGCGGAGGAGGAGGAAGAAGAUGAGGAUGAGGAUGACUUCGAAGAUGUUGGUGGGCUGGGUAACGGGAAUGGCGCGCCGACGAAUGGCACGGCCAAUGGGGUUAAAAGUAGUGCAGUGAGCAGUGUGGUGGCAACGCCGAAUAUGGAGAGCAGUAAUGCCACGGACGAUGAGAGGGAUGCGAAGAGGAUGAGGGUCGAUGGGCCGAAUGGUGGCGUCAAUGGGAACGGGAGGGUGGAGGAAGCGAAAUCUCUCGAGGGCACACCUGCGGCGAGUGACGAGGACGACGAUCUCGAGUUUGAGAACGUCUAA